GGAAUUACUUGGACGGACGCGUGUAUUAUUUUCUGCCUUGAAUAAUCGACACCUUCGUACAGGUGAUAGUUACAGAAGUUUCUUCAACAAAACUCACUUUUUUGUCUCAAGUUUUCUACUAUUGCUUUACAACGGAGCUUAAAACGGCUCAUAAAACUGGGAAUUGGUCAGAAUCGUAUUGUAUGUUCUAGUUUCGAAUGGAGAACAGUUUAAUCAUCUUUUGCGCUCUAUUUGAAAGGAGUCGUACAUUAUUCAGAAGAAACUCGGUCGAGAAAAAUGCCGACAGCGCGGCGAUUUACGUUGAGAAAAGCCAUUACUGCAAUUAGGUUUGCAGUAACUCCGAUUGCUAGCUGGCCGUUGUCAGUCGAAACCAAAACCACAGUUUUCUUGAUGUAUAACACUUUUUGGUUUAUUAGUAUUAUUCAUUUAAUGGUAGCUGCAACCGCGUGGAUAUACACUAUUCAACUCAACAGAAACGACUUGGAGCGCAUAAUAAAAGUUUCCGGAGAACUGUUUGGUAUAGCAAGUGCGGUUCUAAAAAUGAUUAUUAGCAAAUCACAAACGUCACGACUUCAGAUCUUAUUAGCUGAGAUGGAAAUGUUUUUGAGAGACGCUACCUCCGACGAAUUGGAAUUGCUCCAGCUCUACGUCAACAAAUUAGUAACUUUUCAUGGUACUAUUUAUGUCGCAAGUUUUGUCGGGCCGAUGUGCUUUAUUGUUGAACCAGUGAUAUCGUCUCAGCCACUCCCGUUGACCGCAACUUACCCGUUCUCGAUCGAGCCAACUUGGAUUCAUGUGACUCUAUGGAUUUCACAGAUAAUUAUACUCUUCCAAGUUGGGAGUAUGCUUGUUCUCAACAUGAUGUACGCCAUGUUACUGUGGUACACUGGUGCUAGGUUCGAAAUGUUGUGUAUACAGUUUCAAAAUGCAAAAAAUGAGAAUGAUAUCAGGCGCUGCAUCCAAAAACAUCAAGAACUGCUGAACUAUUCCAGCAAGUUGAGGGCAUCUAUACGUAGAAUGGCUGUAAUAGUGUUCGGUCUUGCGAUAAUGGCGGCAACCAAUGGAGGCUUUAUUCUCACUCAACAUCCGCCAUGGUAUGUCUUAGCAAAGUACGCUCUCUUCGAGUUUGGAGCCGGAGUGCAAGUUUUUAUAUACGCCUGGCCAUCAGACAAUCUAAUGGGCAUGAGCUUGAAAGUGGGGUAUUCUGCGUACGCAAGUUCCUGGGUUGGUAAAACUCCAAAGAUGCAAAAAAAUAUACGCAUUGUUAUCCAGAGGUCGAACAUACCGCUGACAAUCUCCAUCACCGGUAUACUUCCCACUUUGUCGCUCGAACUUGCAGCCACAUGUGUAACGGCAUGUUUCUCGUACAUUACAACAUUACACGCCUUUGUUGGAUAGUGAAGACGACGGAACGCAGAAUACAACGCACUGCAACAUCAUGCUCGCCUUUUUCAUGGCUUCAGAGAACAUGUGAUUCGACUAAUUUUCACGUAGAUAUCUUUCAAAUUUAACAAUUGUACGAUCUGGUAACAUAUUUUUUAUCUUGGCACAAAUAAUUGAGAAUAGUCCCAACAUAUAAUGCAUCAACGGUAGUUAUUGUUAAAUGCUUCAAAGAGAGGUGACCAAAAAUUGGUUCAUUUCUUCUCUAAAAAUACUGAUAUCGAAACCAAAAGAACUCUGAAUGUUCGUGUCAAAGUCGUUGAUAAGAUCACGUGCAGUGUUUGUAAAAUCGAAUUACACUUGAAAUUUUCAUUGAAUCUGUGGACUACUGCUUUGGAGAAUCUUGUGAGCAAACGGAGAGAUUGAUUUAUCUUUAAGCAACAAUCCGACUUCUUCGAGCCGAUAAAAAGAAAUCGGAAUGAGGGUGACUGCAUCGUGACUUCCGAAUCUGCGGAAAACCACGCUUUAAUUUAUUAAAACAUUGCUCCUUGAUUUCACUAGAAUUAUCAUCAGGAUACUGUAGUUGGCAGCGGAGUGUACGCCUUCUUCAUAUCUAUUUUUUUCCUUUUUUACACACAUGUAAUCGCACCCAAGUGAAAUCAAGGUGG